UGUUCCGAAAAUGUAUCGCGAUUUUAUUUCUAAAAUAUAUAAAUAAAACACAAGUUUAAUUUGAAAGCUUCUUAUCUAAAUCAAAUCUUCUUUUUUAUGUAAUGUACAUAUAAACCAGGUUAUUAGGUACAAAGCUUUUUUUAGGCUGCUCUAGAAGUAAACAAACACAAUGGACUACUCAGCAAUUCAAACACUGGAAACCGCGGCACAGAUGCUGAUGGCGCCGCCAAAUAUCGUCACCUCUGAGCAGAGGCACCAAGCAGAGAGUGUCUUUUUGGAGUUUAGAAGCACCAAGAACCCAUAUCAACUCUGCAGAGAAAUACUAGAAAAAUCCAGCUCAGACUAUGUUCUGUUUGAGGCUGCUAGUCUGAUAAAAACUGCACUCAUUAGAGAAUGGAAUCUACUAAGUGACAAUGAUAUAUCUUCACUAAGAGAAUAUUUAUUAAACUAUCUUCUAAGGAAAGAUACACCAAAAUUCUUAAAAGAAAAGUUACUACAGACCAUUGCUGUAAUAAUUAAAAGAGGUAGCAUCACAGACAGUGGGAGAGAGAGAAAAGCACUGCUCGAUGAACUUGAGAAAAUAAUAUUAAGCUCAACUAUAAAUCACCAACAGCUUGCGUGUUCCUUGAUUUUAGCGAUAAUGCAAGAGUACGCCAUAACGGUCAAAUCGGCCGACGUGGGUUUGGUAUGGGAGGUCCAUUUUCGACUGAAGAAAUCCUUUGAGGCUUUAGAUUUAAAGAGGAUAUUUAGAUUUACUGUAGGAGUUCUAGAACAAAUUGUCCGUUCCGGACACCGUCCAGAGGGUGAGCAGGCGUUACUUACGAAGCAACUGUUGACGAUAGUAGAGACGGUGCUUUGCUGGAGCCAUGUGUCUCCAAUGCUCUCAAAACGUUUAACUGGAGCAUUUGAGGCCAUAUAUGAAAGUGAUAAUGCUCCCGCAUUACGGUUAAGUCUAAAUUGGCGAGAUACUAUCAUGCAGCCGGAACUGAUAGCUCUAUUUUUUGAGAUACACAUGUAUGUGCGUUCUAAUGCCGAAUUGGCUAACCCUUCUUUGACAUGUCUAGUACAAUUGGCCAGUUUGAGUGGAAUGGUCGUAUCUGCUACUCAGCUCAAACAGCAAUACUUUGAAAACUAUGUCAACAGUUUCAUGAGAAUGCUAGCAUUCAUACAACCCUUUGAUAAGGAGAUGUUGGGAAUAUCUGACAUAUACCGAAGAUUGGUGCAGUUCUUCACACCGCCAAUGAUUGCUGCAACUCCACCUGCUUUUCUACAGAAUCUCACUACUUAUACUGGACAUUGUAUUAGGGGUGCAAUCAUAGAAGAAAGUAUGAAUGACGAUGAAACUGUGUGGAGAACAUCUUUGAACAAGUUCCUACACACUUGGAGCUCAAUAGUGCAAGACUCUGAUGGGUUUUCCGAUGAGACAUUAGUGAAUUAUUGUAUAGAGAUAUUUAAUACAUACCUACAGUGUCGACUCGCGCCGCCUGACGGGACAAGAGGUGUAGAAUCUAGGGAUGGAUGUAAUGAUGAUAUCAAAGAUGACAUGGAGGAAGACGAACGGACAUUACACAGCAAUGUCCUCAUGACGAUUGGGGCAGUUGCCAGAAAGGCCCCGGCACAUUGCUCCCAUGUGUUAUAUACGUUGCUGACCGAUAGAAGCAAGCGCUUGGAAGGUCAACUGCAACUGGUGCAUAUGGGCAAGAUGAAUGUUGCCAAUAUGGGUGACCAGCUUGUACCGCUAUUCGAGGACCUACACUGGAUACUGAUGAUUACAGGACAUUUUCUAGCCUACGACUGUAUAGAGGGUGAAACUGUGAAGAUUCCGCCCGAGAUAGUGCAAUACAGUAUUUCUCAAAACGGCAACGUGGAGGCCUCGCUACGGUAUUUAGUCGGAGAGUCCACUAAUAGUGAGAAUGUUGAUGCUGUGUUCAAACUAAUAGGCGAGGUGCUACGUAUAAGUGCUUGGGAGUGUGCCGCGUUGGAAGCGGGUCUGGGUUCGGUGUUCAGUCCGGAACUGUCUGCUACUAUAUCCUGGCUGCUGAAGAUAUGGGCUAACUCGUACCUACUACCACAGACUACGGAGAACUCCGAGAUCCUCGAAGUUUCAUUCGGGCGGGGUUCUCGCGGUGCGGCGUGGGUGACGGCGGCGGCAGCUCGGCGCGCGGCGCACGUGCUGCGGCAUCUCAGCGCGCAGCCCACGCCCGCCUCGCACGCCGUCUCGCUCCUCGCCACGCUCGCUCACUCGCACCACCGCGAAAGUCCACUAGCCAGUUCCGAAGAGUUCCUAGCGUUGGUGGCUUGGGAGGCAGCAGGUAGCAACUUGUCAGGAGAGAUUAGAAAGGAACUGCAUAGAACUUUCGCAAUUGCAGCUACUUAUGCAGAAGGUGAAGUGCGAAACCGUCUGCUCACCAGCACCAUGGCUCUUCAAGAGAAGCUCAUACAGAUAUUGAACUCUGAGCUCGAUACGGAACCAGUCAGAAACGCGCUAGCCGAUACACUGGACUGCUUUACUGGUGUCACAGAGGGAGUUCUGGAGGUGGGAACCCUAGACCAGCAGUUUCUAAUGCUGAUAGCCGCCCUGGAGAAGGUCCCUGGCAUAGUGUUCAAGUAUCACAAUUACCCCGCCGUGGUGUUACCUGCACUCAACUUCCUAGCCAAGAGCGCGAAACGCAUGCUGCAUUCCGUGCACACAGAUAACGCUGAUAAAUUUCUGGAGAUCUGUAACACCACUUUCGAGGUGUACAUGCGAUGGAACUCCGGCAAGAUAUCCAGCAUCCCGCAGGACGCCGAGGAAGAGGCUUACGAGGACAUCUGCGCGUUAAUGGAGGUGGUCUGCUGCGUUUCCCGCAGCGGGUUCGGCGGCGGCGCGGCGGCGACGUGCGCGCGCGGCCUGCGCACGCUGCUGCCGCUCGUGACGCCGCCGCUGUUAGCGCUGCCAACGCUCGCGCACCGCGCCUACCGCAUGAUUCGCGACCUCGACGCCGCCGACCAGCUAACCAUUCUACCGAUAGAGGACUUCAACAUGGUGAUAACUGCGUUACGUGUUGGUUUGACUGCCGUAUCCUGCGACGUAUCAACUCUAUGCUGCGAUACUAUAGUCGGGUUAUCCAACAAAGUUCGUUCGUUUGGCACCGACAAUCCAUACGCGAUAUCGCUACUCACAUUAGCAGAAUUGCUGCUCAUGUUGAUAAUAAAGAUGGAGAUACCCCCAGAUUCCAUACCGGCGGCCGGCGCGGCGAUAUACGCCCUAACGUGUGUCAAACCGGCCUUACUAGAGGGUUUAGCUAGGCAACUUAUUGAGGCAUUCGCAGCGAAUGACCCAGCGAAUGUUCAUCGAUUAGAGGAAGCUUUCGGGGUAUUAACUAAUGGGGUACUUUUCGAUGGGUACCGAGCACACAAGCUGAGGUUUCAAGAUAAUUUCGAUAAAUUUCUGGCGAGUGUACACGGGUUUCUCAUUGUCAAAUAGGGGUGGUCCCUUUUGUAUUUUUAACGUCGAAUUAACUCAAAGAGAGUUGUGGAACUAGUCACAAGUAAAGAGUACAUAUUCUAUAGGUGGCUUAAAAUCUCGGAACGAACAAACACAAUAGCGUGUAAUGUGUAUUUUUGUGCGCAUACUGUGGAAUCCACUUGCGCUAGUCUAGAUGUUGAUCGUCAUUCUUCAAAAUAUAGAUUUGUAUCUGACUUUUGAGAAGACCUAAAUAAGAAUAAAUUAGCUACUACAGUACUACAAGGAUUUUUAGACACUUGGAUACUUUUGCCACAGGCAUGUGGACGUAUGCCACGGUCGAUAUGUACCAUACUGUCAUACAGCUCUCACAUUAGUGACAAAUUAGUUUUGAACGACAAUUGACAAUAUAAGUGGCACUUUGAUAGCGGAUGUGAAACAACUGUAAAAAUAUUCUUCACUAGAUGACGCCCGGAACUCCGUUGUGCCGAAAUUCGGUUAUAGCGCGGGAAACAUACAUUUUUUUUCGGGAUAGAAUGUAUCCUAUGUCCUUUCCC